UAACACUCACCGUAUGAUCGCAAUCACGCAGGUUUGAGCUAAUGGUCCUACUUUAAUCAUUUGCACUCGCGUUUGGAGAUGUGGCUGCUUGCAUAACAGUGUGGAUGGGGGGCGAGCAGGGUCAUGAGGGUGAUCGUUACCUUUGAGUUGGAUUUUGGGGGUCGCUACCGUAGAAGGAACGCGCUCUUCCUAUCAAUAAUUCAUCCAUCCCUGAAGCAGCGGAAAAGGGGGGGAGAGCACACAGCUCCGGAGAUACAGGUUUUGAACUGCAGUCACCGGCGUAUUAUGUCACAAUCUGACAGUGCUUCGAGACGGGCUGACGAGGAGGACAAAGGAGGAUGAAGGAGGGAGAGGGACCGGGAGAGGCAGAGGAGGAAUAUAAUGAAGUUGAGUGGGAAAGGACUGUGUACCAUCGUCUCCAGCGCCCUCCUCUUCGUCUGCGCGGUGAGCGAAGUUGUUGUCGGAUUCAAAUGCAUCUCACUGGGCACCAAAGUAAAAGUCCAUUUUCACCUGUCGACCGCGGCCGGGGCUUUCUACUCGGGGAUACUGGUCGGACUCGGGCAGGCGCUGCUGGGCUUUGCGCUGCUUUGUUGCAAAGGGACGCCCGGGUGUCGGAAUUUCUUUCUCCUGGGUAUCCUGGUGUUUUUGUUGGGAGUUCUCACCGCCUUCUCCGGAGCCGUGGUGGACGGGGACACGGUGUCUCUGGUGGAGCGCAAAUAUUCCCAUUAUUGCCUAGACAUAGACUCAGUGGAAUUAACCGCCAUCUGCAACCAACUGAAGGAAUAUCAGAGAAGUCUAGUCAUCUCAACCAUUCUUAGCACUUUGGAAUGCCUUCUCGGGCUUAUGAACUUGGUGAUCAUCAAAAGGUACAAAACAGCGCAGUUUUACAGACGGAGGCAAUCACAGAGGCAAAGCGUGGGGACUAUUAUUUUCAGUGAGGAGCAGGACUUUACCGUGUCCGAAUUCCAACCGGUUUCCUACAUUAACUUGGGGGUAUUUCAAGUGUUCGACGAAGCAGGUGUUGAAGUACAAUGCGGGGGCCACCCGUCUAUCGAUCUCCCGGGUUACUCACCCACGGAUCCCGAGCUCAACCAUUCCUACCCCUUUUCUUACCCGCUCCCGAACGAGUUACCGCCCGCGUACGAAGACAUUUUCCCUGGAGACGAAAGUAACAAAUAGCAACUCACUCUGAACAAACAAAAAAGUUGGAACAUGGGCUCUAAAUUCUGCAGUGACAAUCACUGUCUUUCUCCCUUCGGUCUAUUCAGUGCUGGGACAAACAAUUAUGGAGAGAUUCUUACCUAAACAGUUUUUUUCCAUUACCUUCAUGCUUAUUUUUCUCAGCAAAGGUAGCCUCCUGGUCCACUUUAUGUGCAUCUACCAUUAUGUUGCCAAUUAACUAGUCUAUUGCCAUCUAUCGAUAUAGUCGAAAUUCCAUGGUAAUAAAUACCAGACCCAUAGACCAUAAGAUGCUACCAUACCAGUCCAAAUUUCAAAGCAGCAGUUGUUUUGAGUUCAGAUUGGAUACACAUCAAAUGCCCAUAUAGUUUGCUGUUGUUAUUGUUUUCUUUAACAUAUGAAUAAAAAUGUAUUUACUCUCA